GUGCCUCGGCGCUGGCGGCACCGUUGGGGGGCUGUGGCUUUUCUUCGGCCCUCUGGCCGACCCUGACGGACCAGUAGGUCGGCCUUCCCGGGACGUCGAUGCAGGGCUCCGCUACGUCCGCGAUGAAGGCUGUGGCCGGCGCAUGAGCCACGCGGGUGUCCGCCUCUUGGACGGUCGUUCCGCCAUGACAUCCGAGAAGUUCAGCCUGGCGAAGCAGGGCUUUCAGCUCGCCAACAUCGAGACCGAUGUUGCUGCGGAGACCUUCUUCUCGAACCCUGCCGAGGUCCGCACGACAUACUACAGGCAGGUGUGCGAGAUUAUUCAGAUGGUGACGGGAGCAGACCGAGUCUUAGCGUUCCACCACCACGUCCGACACCAAAGGGCCGAGAACGAGCUGGGUGCAGACGGUGCCCAGGACGCGCUUGCUGGCUACGACUACAGAGUACACAGCGAUUACACGGCGGAAAGCGCCUCGCAGGUCUUCGAGUGGCAGCUCCAGGGUCUGUCAGCAGAGGAGGCCGCUACUUACCGACAAGGCCGGUUUCUUCUCAUCAAUGCAUGGCGCAACCUCAGCAAGCACCCUGUGCAGAACGAUCAUCUCGCCGUCUGUGAUGCCUCCAGCGUGCUGGAGAGUCAUCUCUUAGUGGAAGGCGCAUCCUCGAGGGCGAAGAAAGAACUGACAUCCGAGAACUUUGCGGAGCUUGUCGCUGGACCGACGGCGCGGUAUGAGGUGAGUCACCACCACCGUUGGUUCUACUUCCCCGAGUUGUGCGACACUGAGCUCCUGAUCUUCAAAUGCUUCGACUCAGACCCAAAGGCGGCAGCACGCUAUGUCCUUCAUUCCGCAGUGCGGCUUCCGGGCGACGCCAAACGAGCUCGAGAAUCGGUCGAAGUCCGCGCAAUCGCCCUGUUCAAAACUCUCUUGCUGAUUCUGGCGACCGAGCUUGGAGACGAGACCUUCAUCAUCGCGGCCGUCAUGUCCAUGAGACACCCCAAAUUCACGGUCCUUUGUGGAGCGCUUGGAGCACUCUACUUGAUGACCGUCCUGUCUGCAUUCUUGGGUGUCGUGCUACCGAAUCUUAUCUCCCAGGAGAGGGUGACUCAAUGCGCAACCGUCUUGUACACCUUCUUCGGUCUUCGCUUGAUGUGGGUCGGCAUGCGCGGUGAAGACGACAAGGAUGAAGAGUUUGAAGAGGUCGAGAACACCUUGAAGGAUUCGGCCUCGAAAGGGCAGAAGUCAUGGCUUCGCCGCAUGUUUUCACAGUUUUGCACGCCCGUCUUCCUGGAGGCGCUGAUGCUGACCUUCCUUGCAGAAUGGGGGGACAGAUCCCAGAUUGCAACGAUCUCCCUCGCGGCGCACCAGAAUCCGAUAGCCGUCAUUGUGGGCGCCAUGGUGGGGCACACGAUCUGCACGGGUCUGGCAGUGUUUGGAGGUGAAUUCCUGGGCAAGCGCAUUCCACAGCGAUACGUGGCUUUCGGCGGAGGGUGCCUCUUCAUUGUCUUCGCCCUUCUGAACCUCCUGGGGGUGCUGCAGUAA